UUCGUAAGUGUCAGUGCUGCGCGAACAGCUCCGCCGCGUGGUGUACCGCCGCAGGACCGCAAACCGCGCCAACUGGACCACUGCGAUUUGUUCAGUGACGUUAUGUGAAACUAAUUUAUAUUUGUGCUCGUUAUUGGGAGAUUGCCAUUAUUCUGAUACGCAGAUAUAGGAUCGGUUUAAUGUCACCUGUUUAUCUAAAUAUUAAAUGAUUAUUUUAUAGUUUUGGUUAGUACAAUGUUAAAAAAUUGUGACGACAAAGGAAAUGAAGUGGAUAAUAGAACGGCAUACAGUGAACGUUGCAAGUUGUAGUGCUUACAAAACUAGGGUGCCAAUAGUAUAAUGCAGUGUACAAAUAUAUAGAUGAAGUGAGAAGAGAAGAAAUUUGAAAAUGCAAUAAAUAUAUUCGUCUGUAACGAUGGAGGGUGCUGUGCUGAGCGCCCAGAGCAACAACAGAUUCCGUACGCACCUGAAGAACGCCGCGAGUGCUUUGUGCGCGAGGACACUUCCCAAGCAAAGAUGCAGCGAGGCGACGGCGAGCUCGUCCCGUCAUCACACUUACCCGCGCUCGGCGCCGCUAAAGCGCGCUCCCAUCUCCUGCCGCAUGGAGCCGCUGAAGCAGCAAGAACAGCCCAGCGGUGCCCCCGCAGGUUAUCUGACGGGUCAAGAGCGAUCACGUGACGUCACAUCGAUCUGUGAUCUCGCUCAACACUCAAUCACAACUCACUUAGGUCUCCAAUUCAGACAUAGGUUCCGUUUGUAUAAAUAUAACGUUAUGAAUAUUUUAAUGCGACUUUUUGUCAUGAGUUCUGUGUUUGUGUUGUCCUUGAAGUGUGAUAGUGAUGUUGACUCAUGCCGGUGUGAACUUUUAAGCUCUGUUCACAGCGACAGGGAGGUGGCGAGCGCCUGGGAGUGCCGCGUCGGCCCGCCCGACCGACCCGCGCCCGCCCACCGGGUGCAGGGACUCUUCAACGACAUCGAACUCUAUCCCACUAAAACACAGGUGUUCGAAAUGUUGGUGUGCGCGCGUCAAUGUGCGCGGCGCAAGUCGCUCAUCCUCACCUUCGGGGAGUUCUGCGUGUUCGCCGCGGAGCUACGGCGAUGCUCGCGGCAGGCUCGACAAGUUUCCAACAAGCCCGACUCUCCCGUGUGGACCGUGGACAAAGACCUUCGGGAUAAGGACACGAUAUGCAAACAUAUGAACGGCAGCGAGGCGUCGCCGCCGCCGUGCGAGGUGUUUCUGGGAGGCUCGUGCAAUCCCACCACCUGGAGGUCGGACAUCGCUAUACCCAUGCUGAAGAAGAUGGGCAUCACAUAUUUCAAUCCGCAAGUAGAGGACUGGUCGACGGAGUUAAUGGAGGUGGAGCACCGCGCGAAGUCCGCGGCGCGCGCGCUAUUGUUCGUGCUGGACAGCGAGACGCGUGCGGUGGCCGCCAGCGUGGAGGCUGCGCAUCUAGCAGCGGCGCCACGUGACCUGCUGCUGGUACUGCGACCCUACACAAGACACCAGCUUAUCGGCAACGAGACCAUCACUGACCAGGAGUACGUUGAGCUAUCCCGAGCUAGAGCGACGCUGCAGGAGGCAGUGGAGCGGCGCGGGCUGCCCGCGUUCUCGGACAUCCCGGCGGCAAUUGAUACAGAUAGUCGGAACGGACAGGAGGAGGUGCCCAGACUGGCGGAGGGGGAGGAGAGCCGAGUGUCGGAGGGGGGUGAGAAGACGCGGGAGGGCAACGGGCUGCUGGUGCACAACCCACGGCUCAGGGCCUACGGGAGGAAACUUGGAUUAUUCAUUCCUAAGAACGGUGGCAAUCGCCCAUCGGAGGGUAGCCCUGGCGAUUGA